AUCCAGAAGUUUUUUUUUUCAUUUUUAAUUCAUAAUUUAAUUAAUAAUAAAGAAAUAAAAAUAAUUAAAAUAAGAGAAAAAGGAAGUUUGGUGGGCCAAUAUGGAACUGCCAAAUGGCAGGUUGGAGCCUCUAACUCCAACGGGGGUUGGACGCAAGAAUUUCCCAAAGAAGUAACCUUCAAUCACUCAAUCAACAAAAAAAUCCAAAUUUCAAUCUUCUUAAUCACGAAAAUACCUCAAUUAAUUAAUCAAUAUCCCUCAAUGUUAAACUAAAAGACCAAACUCAUAUCCCAACUCUACAAAUAGUAUUGAUUGAAAUCAUACCAAAAAUUAUUAAAAAAAGUUCGGUAAGGUAUUUUAUACUAAAUCAUUCAUUUCAUAUUGCUAAAAUUGUCUACCAUUUGGGGUCUAGUAUCUUCAAUCCGACUGACAUGUGCGGUUGGAUUUUAAAACAAUGGUAAAUAAGAGAAUAACUAAACCUUUGGUCAUCUUUAUGAACCAAUUUAGAAUGAUUGAAAGCCAAUGAAAAUAAUAAAGACUAAAUGUUAAUCAAAUUAGAACUGAAUGGCUAAACGUCGCCGUAAGUUUUCUAUCAUCACCCAAUAUUGCUUCCUCAAUUCUCCCAAUGCAAUUUUUGUUAUGGAACCUCCCCGCCUAUACGUCGUCUAAACCUCCCCCCCUAAUCAAAUUAGAACUGAAUGGCUAAACGUCGCCGUAAGUUUUCUAUCAUCGCCCAGUAUUGCUUCCUCAAUUCUCCCAAUGCAAUUUUUGUUAAUCAAAUCCCCACCAAUGGAACCUCCCCGCCGUAUACGUCGUCUGAACCUCCUUACCUCCGAAAUCAACUCCCAAUCGAGUCUUUCACGAUCUCCACGCCCCCGACCGGAAUCAACUCUCAGCCGGGUCUAUCUAUCCUUUCUCCCCAUCACCAGAAUCAACUCCCGCUUGAUAUGUCGCAGGUGCAUGUGUCGCCCCUUCUCCGCUAUGAUGAGUAUAACAAUAACGUCGAUGAAGCAGUUGACGGAGAGAAUCGGGACAGUUGGCGGCAACUGUGAGAAAUAGUGGCCAACAGACUGGCAUGGAUAAUGGCGGCGACGGUGAUGGAACGUACACGGGUCUAGUUUUUUUUUAUGUGUUUAUUACUUUAUUAGAAUAAUAUUUUUUUAGAAACAAAAAUGAGUAUUUUUUAGAAACAAAAAUGGGGGAAGGAUAAAUAGAUAAUUACAAUGUUU